CAGAGUCCAGCAGAGACCAGCAGAGACCAGCAGAGUCCAGCAGAGUCCAGCAGAGUCCAGCAGAGACCAGCAGAGACCAGCAGAGUCCAGCAGAGUCCAGCAGAGUCCAGCAGAGACCAGCAGAGUCCAGCAGAGACCAGCAGAGACCAGCAGAGUCCAGCAGAGUCCAGCAGAGACCAGCAGAGACCAGCAGAGUCCAGCAGAGACCAGCAGAGACCAGCAGAGACCAGCAGAGUCCAGCAGAGACCAGCAGAGUCCAGCAGAGACCAGCAGAGACCAGCAGAGUCCAGCAGAGACCAGCCCAGAAGAACCUGAACCUGAACCGGAACCGGAACCUGAACCUCCAGCAGAACCCGGGGAACCUUCGAGCCUGAAACCAUCUGAAAACGCUCUGAGGAGAACCUAAAGAAGAACCAGCAGAAUGUUUUCAGCAGCAGACUCCAGCAGAGCGACGGCCGUCGUCAUGGCUACGAUGAUGACGCUGAUGAUGAUGAUGCCGGAGGUCAACGCCAUGCCGAAGGCCUCAAAGACCCACAGGAAGUCCUCUGAUGGCGCAACCCCAGAAACGGUCCCCCUGAAACUGGACUCCAACACUUUGGUUCUCAGCGGAAACAUCCGUGUUCUGGCCAACGACUCCAUCUCCCCCUGGACAUACAAUGUCUCCAGCGACGACUCUCUGUUCCCUCCGGUUCUGUCCGAGGCCCGCUGUCUGCUGAAGGGCUGCCUGGACCGUCACGGUCGGGAGGACCAGAACUUGGAGUCACGACCCAUAAUGCACCAGCUGAUGAUGCUGCGCCGCAUCAGGUCGACAGGGGCGGAGCCUAGCUACCAUUACCGGCUGGAGUUCCGCCGCAUCGCCGUCGGCUGCACCUGUGUCCGACACGCCGUCGUAGAGCAGCAAUAAAGAGCCAACGAUUACCAUCAGUUAGCAUUAGUUAGCAUCAGCUAGCAUCAGUUAACAUCAGUUAGCAUCAGUUAGCAUCAGAGAGCAUCAAUUAGCAUCAGUUAGCAUCAGUUAACAUCAGUUAGCAUCAGCUAGCAUCAGUUAACGUUAGUUAGUAUCAGUUAGCAUCAGAGAGCAUCAGUUAGCAUCAGCUAGCAUCAGUUAGCAUCAGCUAGCAUCAGAUAGCAUCAGUUAGCUUCUAUAGUGAGACCGGAAAAAUAAUCAGCAGUGAAUGAAUUCAUCCUGAGCCCAAAUCAUAACAAUAUUUACAGAAAUAAUAUUCAGAAUUCAUCAAGCCACAAGGAAUCUGAAUUAAAGAGACAGAAUCUGUUAUUACCAAACAGAAAACCUAAAAACAAAGUUGAAUAUUUAAAUUUCUUCUUCUUUUUAUAUUCAGUCAUUAGUCGCUCAUAAUGAACACAUUAACUAUAAACAGAUUACUGUCAAACCAACUUCAGUUUGUUUUCAUGUCUACAUGCUGCUCACUGCUGAACCUUUUUAUUUCUACAGAUUUUCAUUAUUUUUUAUCAUUAUUACUAUAGUUAAUUCAACUGCAGAAACUACUUGACUACACGCACAGAUUGCUAUCAGACGUGUAUUAUUUAUGGUUUAAAGUUAUUUAUUGAAGUGUUUAUGAUCUUCAGCUGGUAUUUAUUGGUAAUUUUAAUGUAUUUAUAUUGACUCAAUAAAAAACAGAACAAGGC